ACCAAUAAGUUUUCAAAAAGGGCUGUUAUACGCACAUUGCAUUUUCAAACGGCAUUUUCGCUACAAAAUUGUUUCAUGUAAAGAAUAAUUUCGUAUUAUAAGUAAUUGAAAUAAUAAAGAAAUAAGUUGAAUACAAAGACGAAAUGUAUAGAAAGCCAAUUAGUGCUUUAAAUGGCAAGGAGAACCAUUUGCAGGCGAUAAAACCGCUGCCUCCGCCACCGCAGAAACAACAUAAUACGAAAAAUACCUUAAACGAAGAUAUGAAAGGCGUAUCCCCAAUUGCUAUGCCAAGACCAAUGCCUUCCAAUAGAGCUGGAAAUUUGCUAGUAGGUCUACCUGCUUCAAGAACAACUCAAGUUACAUCUACAGCUGUCACGCAGAAGAAAUUAUUAACAAGCAACAAUCCUGUUCGCACAAUAACAGGACCUUUGGUUUCAUCCACGAAACACAUUAGCCAACAAGCCGUUGCACCUGCAGCUACAGUAUCCAUGACAAAACCUAGCGCCUCUGUCGUGUCAACUUCAUCUAGCAAUAAGGUUGCAAGUAAUCAAACAAAAACAGACAAAGAAAGAUCCAAUUUCGAACCAAAUGCAAACUCAACAGGAGUACCACCGAAAACAGUUGCGAAAGUAGAAGACAAAGAUUCGAAAGAUGAAUCAAAUAAAGCUGAAAACGAAAAGACUGGUGAGUGUAACAAAAAGGAAAAGAAAUCGUGGUCAUUGAGCAAUUUCGAUAUUGGAAGACCACUUGGACGAGGCAAAUUCGGUAAUGUAUAUCUUGCACGCGAAAAAGAAUCAAAAUUUGUUGUUGCACUCAAAGUGUUAUUUAAAAAGCAGAUACACGAGUCAAACGUAGAACAUCAAGUAAGGCGGGAAAUUGAAAUACAGUCACAUUUAAGACACCCACAUAUACUGCGUUUAUACGGUUAUUUUCACGAUGAUGCACGCAUUUAUCUUAUAUUAGAAUAUGCACCCAAGGGAACACUUUUCAAGGAAUUACAAUCACAGCCAUUGAAACGUUUUAACGAACCGACCUCAGCUAUUUAUAUACGCUCUCUAGCAUCAGCAUUGCAGUAUCUACAUGAGCGUGAUGUUAUACAUCGUGAUAUCAAACCGGAAAAUUUAUUGUUGGGACACAAGGGUGAUUUGAAAAUAGCAGAUUUUGGAUGGUCAGUGCACGAACCGAACUCUAUGCGCACAACAUUAUGCGGCACACUUGAUUAUUUGCCACCUGAAAUGGUGCAAGGCAAGCCACAUACUAAAAAUGUAGAUCUUUGGAGCUUAGGAGUUUUAUGUUACGAACUGAUUGUGGGUCGUGCGCCAUUCCUUGCUACUGACUAUGACGAGACAUAUAAAAAAAUAAUUAAAGUUGAUUACAAAUUACCGGAAUUUGUUUCACGCGCAGCAGCACAUUUUAUUUCCAAACUUCUGGUGUUAAAUCCCCAACAACGCCUUCCGCUGGAUCAAGUAUUUCUACAUCCUUGGGUUGCCGCACACAUUAAAUAACAACUAUACAUACGACUUAAUCAAUUUUUCAUCUUUAUUUAUAUUAUUUAACAUACAUAACGAAAGGAUAGCUAGUAUGAUAAUUUGGAAAUAUAAAAGUUGCUUAUUCUGAAAAAAUGUUCAAAAAGAAAUUAUAAGACAUCUGCGUAUAUUAUUUGUAUUAUACAUACAUAUGUGUGUACGUGUGUGUACAGAAUGAUUAACUUAAUAGAGAACAUUAAGCGCUAUCCUUUCUUUACUCCAUGUUACUAUAUAGCGCUAUUUUUUUAAACUUCUCUAUUGCAACAUUGUCAGUGUGCACUUUUUAGUUUUGCAUGUUUUAUUAGUGUAGUUAUUUUA